AUGGAACCCAAUCCUGUUUUGAAUCACUUGUGUGAGAAAGAUAAUCAAGCUUUAGAAAAUAUAACUGUUUAUCAAAAACUUGUUGGAAAACUAAUCUACCUUUCUCACACUAGACCGGAUAUUGCAUAUCCUGUCCAUUAUCUCAGUCAAUUUAUGCAUUCUCCCACACAGGCUCACUUUAAAAUUGCUAUGAGACUUUUAAGAUAUCUAAAGGGUGCCCUCGGGAAAGGAAUUUUCUUUAAAAAAGGGGAUUCUUUAGAAAUGAAAGCCUUCUCUGAUUCCGUCUGGGCUAAAUGUCUGGGAACCCGAAGGUCAGUUACUGGGUUCUGCGUUUUCUUAGGAAAUAAUCUUGUUUCAUGGAAAAGUAAAAAGCAGUCCACCGUUUCACGAUCUUCUGCUGAAGUAGAAUAUCGUUCAAUGUGA